AUGAGGGAGGAGGAGGAGCGGCGUGCAGCGCAGCAGCAGGGCGAGGAGGAGCUUGCCGAGAGCCUGGGCGAGUUGAGGCGGCAGAUGCAGCUCAAGAAGGAGCAGUUGGCAACGGAGCGGGAGCGCGUUGCUCAACUGGAGGUGGCCAACGCUGCGCUUCGUUACGACUUGGAGCGCAUCGGAGCAGAGGGCGAGGCGAGGAACCAGGACCAGGCCUCCCGCAUCCAACGCCUCGCCGAGGAGGUCGCCGAGGUGACGCAGCUCCGAGACCGGGUGCUAACGUUGGAGAGCCUCCAGCGCGGCAUGGGCGAGUGUCUGCAGGACUCCCAGCGCCGUGCCAGAGAAGCCGAGGCUAAGGCGGAGGAGGCACGCCGUGAGCUUGCCGAGGCUGCCCAGCUGCGACCCCACCUUGGCCGACGCUGA